AUGUGUGCUGAGCCGUUUGGACACAAUUGCAGGGAUGAGAUGGAGAUGAGAGACAUACCAGUGCUGUGUAUGUGUUGGCUGGCAAUGAGUGCUCCCAUUCCUACACACCAUAGAGAGACUGCUCAGAGAAUCGCUGUUCAACUCACGAGAAAAGCGAGAAUAUUCUGUAGUUUUACGGAAUCGAGUGCCGACUUAGUCGCUGAAGUCUCCAGAAUUUGUGUUUUGUGUUCCCAAAAUCCAUAUCUCAUAAGUGCUGAGAGAGACAAAAACCUCCGCAAUAUCUACAUUAAGGUCUCAGAUCGUCGUGUAAUGCCAUCGAGUUUUGGUAAGAAUUAUUGGAUUCAUCGAUGUGUCGGAUGUUUGGCUGCCUGCGCCAUUGCCUCAUCAUAUGUGCUACUGAACCGGAAAGUGUGUCAAACGCCAAUCGUGUCGCAGGAGGACAUGAAGUGGUUGUCCACGAGGUUGACCACCCUGGCCGACUACAAACACUUUGCCACCCAUUACUACGACUGGCUCCAGAUCUACCACUGCAUCACGUUUGGCUGGUGUAUAGUCGUCAUCAUACUGGCCGUCAUUAAUAUCGUACCCUCC